AUGGGAGUGCUUUUCGUGAUACACCCUGUACACGGUGAUCGGCAUUUGUUCGUUCGCAGGGUCUGCGAGCCGAGUUUGCUUAUUAUUUUUGAAAAUCUAAUUGCCGUUGUUUGGGGCGCUCCCUCGAAGAUGCUUUGGAUUGUUUUUCGGGGAGUAGGUCAAGUACCGCAUGAUUCUGUUUCCUCUGGCAAACUUCAGAGGCAUGUGAGCUGUGUGUUGCGCAGUGCCAUUGUCUUUAUUUGGAGGAGUGCGCUGGAGCAUGCUGUGCAGUUCCUGCUGGAGCGUGGCGCUGAGGAGCGUGAACAAUGGCUCAACAAACUAACUGGCUUGCUAUCAGCGCGAAAAUGUAAGCUGUGA